ACACUUUGAAAAAGCACUUUCGAAAGAACUGUGCUCAUAAACGUCAGUAGUGCAGUAGCAGUGCAUUUAUCAAAUUUUUCACCAAGUUUCAUUCUUACCAGAGUACUAAGUGUUAUAUUUACAAUGCCAGGAGUUGACUUUAUUAUUGAGAUAUUUCUUCUUCUGACACUUGUUGCAUUAAAAACCUUUUUUGCAGGCAGGGGGGUUGAUGGUGAGACAGUGACUGGAGUGUUACAUGAGCGAGUGGAGCUUCGAGGACGUUAUGGACAAAAUCCAGAUGUGGAAUCUGUGGAAUGGGCUAGCUAUACUGUAAAUUCAACAAGGAAAGUGUUAUAUAGCGUUAUUAAGGCAGGAAAUGUUACAUGCUUUUAUCGCUGCCAAAAUAUUUCUUUUAAUUUAGAGAAUAUGAGUCUUAUUUUGGAUCAUAUCACAAAGAAAGAUGAAGGCAAUUAUGAGGAGAAAACUCUCUUUAAAAAUAAGACCAUUCUAUAUUUUAAUAUCACAUUAUCUGUACCAUAUUUGAAGCCAAGGAUUCUAUCUGUAUCAAAAAUCAUUGUCUCUUCUUCUUCUGGCUCUCUGACCCUGAAGUGUGAGACCAGCGGGAAGUUUAAGCAUCUGCAGUGGUUUAGAAAUGGUCUUCCUUUGCCUGAUGACCAGAGAUUCUCCCUCAGUGAUAACAACAAGACCAUGGUGGUGUCCAGCCUGACCAGUUCAGACUGUGGCAACUACACCUGCCAAGUAUCAAAUGCACACAGAACAUCAGCAGCGCAUGUUAUUGUCAGCGGUGAUGUUUGUGAACCGGUUUCCUGGUUUUGUGAAGAAGUUUAAUCUGUGUGAGCAAAUAUUAUGUCUCUCACAAGGCUGUCGUUCAUGUCUAUUUCCUCUUGAUCCACCAACUUGACACGACUUGACUUCAGGCCAGAUUCGUUCAACUAUGUGAUUCUGAAUUUGCAACAAAGGUUCAUCAGUCAAUCUGUUGUGGUGGUUAAUGAAAAAUAUGUUAUGACCCAUUUGGGGAAAAAUAAUUAUGCAGAAUUCACAGUAAAUCUGUAAAUGUAUCAACCCAGCAGUCAUUAUGCACAUUUACACCUGGUCCUCUGCUUAAGGACAAUUUUCCCAAAUGGAAUGUACAUUAAAAAAAAACAAUGUAACUAGAAUUUAAAGUACUGAAUAAAGUCCAGUGUUGUUGUUGUUUUUUUUAUUUCAGCAGUUGUUUAAUGUUAAGAUGUAACCAGAUUUAAAAAAAUCUGUUCUUG